ACACUUUUACUAAUUUUGCAUACAUUUUUCCGUAUGUAUGAAUAAUAUCCGUAAACAAUGGUAACCUUGACAACGCGGGAGUAACAAAAAUAUAAAUAGAAAGUUUUUUAAUCAUGGACUUUGAGGGGAAUUACAAGGUGCGACAUCGUCCGCGACGAACAUGGCUCUAUCUUUUUUUAAUAUUUUUAAUAACAAUGGCAACAAUUUUCUUAUUUUUCAAUCAUAAUAAUAAUGACAACGAAAGGCACUUUCACAAUGAGAAACUAACAGCUUUAGAUUUUAGAAAUGAGUCAAUUACUUUAGACGAUGUUUUGGGAGGGAAGUUUUAUGCAAAAGGUUUCAAUGGAAGUUUUGUCGAUUCAACAACACUCCAAUUUUUUAAUACCAAUGGUGAUUUUGUAACAUUUUCUAUGGAAACAAAAACAACAAAAAUUAUUGUUUCAAAUCAAGAAUUUAUCGUCAAAUUGCAAUACCGCCCAUUUCGUUGUGAUUUUUCCCCAUCGAAAAAAUAUCUUCUUGUGUCAUACGAUCCGCAAAAAAUUUAUCGUCAUAGCGUAUACGCACUUUAUUCUGUGAUUGAUUUGGAAACUAGAGAAUUAAUUCCGAUUUCAACAACUUUAUCAAACAAUGAUGACCUUUCACGACGAAUACAACUCGUAAAAUGGUCAACAUCAAAAGAUGCUCUUGUAUUUGUCCAUGCAAAUGAUGUUUACUUGCUGAAAAAUAUUCAUGGAAAUGUUGAACGAAUCACUUUUGACGGGAGUCACUUAAUUUAUAAUGGGGUUGCCGAUUGGGUAUAUGAGGAGGAAAUGUUUAAUACAAACGAAGCAGUGUAUCUUCAUGACGACGAAAAUUUAGCAUUUGUUACAUUCAAUGACACUCAAGUCGAUUUGAUUCAAUUCCCAGUUUAUGGAGGAUUUCAGUAUCCAGUAAUUGAGGCAAUUCCUUAUCCAAAGUCCGGCAGACAGAAUCCUACGGCAACGGUCUCUAUUUACAGUAAUAAAGCAUCAAAAAUGCUACAAUUGCCUAGAGCCUACAUUCCAGAAGACCAUUACAUUGGAUCAGUGCAAUGGACAAGCGAUAAAAAUCUAUUAGUCCAAAUUCUCAAUCGCUAUCAAAAUAAUUCGUGGGUUUUGCUAUGCGAUUUGAAUGCUAUUUGCGAUGUGAUACACACACAAGAACAAACAUCAGGAUGGCUUGAUGUUAAAGAAAUUUAUGAAAUCUCAGAGUCCAAUUUUGUGACAAUAGAAACAACGAAGCAGUCAAAAUAUUCAUACAAGCAUGUAGUUCAAUUCAGCAAAAAUUCAGUCGUCAAGGUUUUAUCACGUGGAGAUUUUUCUGUUGAUAAAAUUUUAGCCGUUUCCAAUGGAGACAUCUACUUUACAGCCGAUGACAAUCUACACAAACAAACUGCUACAAAAACAAAAUGCUUAACUUGCAAUAAAGUCAUCAAAUGCAAAAGUAAUGAAGUUUCCAUGGAUAAAAAAAGUGGAGAGUAUUUUGUCCAAGUUUGCUUAAAUGGAUUUGAAGAUGUUCCAGUCGUUAGAAUUUUUCAAACGGAGCCCCUAACGGAAAUAUUUACAUUGGAAAGUAACAAAAAAUUAAAGGGAAACAUGGACAAUGUGCAAUUUCCUAUUACAAAGAGACUGAGUUUUAAGACUGAAAACGAUUAUUCCGUUGAGAUUAAAUUAUUCCUUCCGUUUGAUUUUGAUUCUGGACGAAAAUAUCCAUUGCUGAUUGAUGUCUAUGGUGGUCCAGGCUCUACCCGUUUAAAUGACAGAUUUUCUGUUGAUUGGGGAAUCUCUUUGGUUUCGUCAAAAAAUAUAAUUUAUGGAUCAAUAGAUGGACGGGGUUCUGGUGGAAAAAAUAAGUCUGACGAUUUUAUCUUCGAAAUUUAUAAGCGCUUUGGAACUGUGGAGGUUGAAGAUCAGAUUAAAGGGGCAGAAUAUAUUUUAAAAGCUCUUCCAUUUGUAAACCCUGAAAAAGUGGCCAUAUGGGGAUGGAGUUAUGGAGGGUUUGUAACUUCAAUGGUAAUGGGCAAAGAUUUAAAAAAUAUUUUUAAAUGUGGGAUUUCUGUGGCUCCUGUAACCAACUGGGGGUUCUAUGAUACAAUUUAUACCGAACGCUACAUGGGUUUACCACAAGAAAACUUGAAAUCCUACAACGAAUCUGAUGUGACAAAUUUUAUACAAAAUUUUAAAAACAAGCACUUUUUACUUGUCCAUGGCAACGCAGACGACAAUGUUCAUUACCAGCAAUCCAUGUAUUUAUCCAGAGCUUUAGAAUUGGGGGACAUUAUUUUUCAGCAACAGUCGUAUCCAGAUGAGAAUCAUGGAUUAGGAUCCGUCCGUCCUCACUUAUAUCAUACUUUGGAACAUUUUUUAAAUCAGAAUUGUAAUUUUUAGCCAGUGCGUUUUUUUAGAAAUCAAUAAAAUAUAGUAUAUUUUUGUAUGAAACAGGAAAA